GAGAAGGGGGGAAAGGGUGGGGGAGAAGCGAGGUCCCCGCUCCCUCCCCCCAGCUUCCGGCCUGCCUUGUCGCUGCUUCAACCCCACAGGUUCCUCCCGGCCAUGGAGGAGGAGAUGGCGGGACUGUUGGGAAAGGGACGCACGGCGACUGCGUACACCCUCACCUCGUUCUUUCCCCGCCCUAACGUCCGCUCAGUACUACCGAACGCAUCAGGGGGUCUCCAACUUUAGAAGCUUUAGGUUUGUGGACUUCAAAUCCCAGAGUUCCUCAGCCAGCAAAGCAGGAAGUCAAAGCAGGCUAUAAUCAGUAGCUGAAGUAAGCAUUGCAUUGCCAGCCCAAAAGGAGCAGUAUGCAGUAAUUAUAGUUUAGAAAAUGAAUGCUCCUCCAGCCCCAGAAAGCAGACCUUAUUUCACAAACCCAAGGCCUUUUUUUUAUGCUCGGCCUACAGCACAUCAGCCAUUUCCUAAUCCAUGGCUUGUUGGACCUAUAUACAAUCCCUAUGGCAUGCCUGCAUCCGGUUUAAGAAGUGGCAAUCCAUAUUUUCAAUGUUACUCAGUUCCUACCCAUGAAUAUCCUGGAUAUUUAAUUCCACAGCCUCCUAUGCAUAUGAGAAUUAGACGACCUUAUUUUGGUGGUCCUCCAUCAUCACCCAUGAUGUAUCAAAUCCCAAGGUUCAGGCAUGGUUUUCCCAUGAUGUAUCAACCACAAAACCCAGUGAAACAAACAGAAAACAAAGAAACUCAAACUGAUUUUGGAGAAUCUGAAAGUGGAACAAAAACACCUGUAAAACAAGAUACAGGAACAAAAGGCUGUGAUGCUGGAAAUACUGGAAAUACUGCAUCUGAUACUCCUAAAGAAACUGAAAGUUUGUUGGGAAAAACAGAUAAAACAACAUCAUCUGCUAUGUCAGAUAGGGAACUUGCCAAGAACUCUUCAGGUCUUGUACCAUUUCGAAGUCUUCCCCCAGCAGGCUAUGCCAUUGAGAAAGAGGAAGUUAGAAUACAAUAUGCAAAUGAUGGUGCUCCUGCUAUUCAGCUCUGGAAGUCUUUCAAAGAAACAAUCCCACUCUAUGAGAUGGCACAAAAACAAGUCCCAAAGAAUAUCUUGCAAAGAGAUAUGCUUGCUCAUAGCUCCUGUGAAGGAGUUGCAUAUGGGCCUCGUGAACAAGAAUUGCUUCCAUGUAUUCCAUUUUCAGAGGAGCAAAAAGUUCCUGAGGACAUGCAGAAGAAACAGCCUCUAUGUAAAGAAAAUCAAAAUUCAGAAAAACAAGGAGUUAUAAACUACAGAGCCAUAGGUCCAAGGGAUGAAGCUGGAACAGUGCAACUGGCUGAACCAACUGGGCUUGACCACUCAGGGACAAGGCAAGAUGUACUGAUGGCCAAAAUACCACCUGGCUUUAAAAAAUCAAGUGGUUCAAUAGCUCCACAAGAAGUUUCAAAUUGUAUUCGGCAACGAAAAUUAUUUCCCUCUGGCAUAGAGAUGACAAAUGAUGCAUAUUUGCCUCAGAAGUUGAGCGAAUGUAAUGACAUGAACAAUGAAGACUGGAAUACUUCUGAAAAAAUCCAAUGGUGUGAUGACUCUGAAAAAUAUCUUCCUUCUGAGAACUGGUUGGCUUGUGUGGAUAAGAUGGAUCCAAACUAUAACUAUGAAAAAUAUCUUUUACGAAGAAAGCGUCCAAAUUUGCUCAGUAUUACUUCUGAUGAUAUGUCUUCUAUUGAAGAAGGUGUAUCAACUGAGAAUUCUUCAUUGUCUAUCAUAGUUCCAGACCAUUUGCUUCCGAAAGGUUUAUGUACCUUCAAGAAAAAUGGUGAUGGCUUGGGAAUAAGCCAAAUAAGAAGUGGAGGCACCCUCAAUGAAGAUGAGGAAGUGAUGGGGAUUGAACAGGCCACUAGUGAGCAUAGUCAGAAUCUCAAGAGUGAUUCAAGAGUCAAGGUUAAAGAGAUUCCUAGCCAAAUCAAAAAGAUGAGCGUUCUUCCAAGAUGUUCCAGUGACAAGCAUCUCUACUGUCUCCAAAAAAUAACAAGUUCAUCUCCAUCAGAUGCUGAUGACUCUGAAGAAUAUUGGGUAAUGGAACCAGAGGAAUACGAAGAGCAAGAAACUGAUGAGGAAUACUUUAUUGAGGAAGAUAUGCCAUAUGAAAUCCUGAAUCCAGACAAAAGUGGAUUGGGCCAGCAGAUUUCCCAGAAAGUAUUUUGGAGAAUCCCUAAAAAUGCAGUGCCACCACAUGUAAUUAACAGGCCUGUGCAAGAAAAAAUGUCUGGGUUACCUACUAAACUGCAGAAGGAGCAAAAUGAAGAUCUCUAUGAUGACUAUAACAUGUGCUUGAUGAGACCUACAGCCCAACAGCUAGAAUUACUUGAACAUAGAAGAAAUCCACAGAAAUGCUCAGGAUGGUUACAAGAGGAAAAUAGAAGGACUGGACCUGAUGAAUACUGGAUAAAAAGUGGUGCUAGACCCAGAUCUGCUAGCCUAAAGCCUGGUGAUCUCUCACCUACUGCUUCAAAAGAGAAAGAUAUCCUGGAAGUAUUCCCUUUUACAUCUGAUGAUAUGUAUAUGGAAUGUCCAAAGAAGAAAGGUGUGCAUAAACCUCCUCAUAAACGCAGAGACACAAGAUGUGAAACAGCUGAAGUACGGGAGAAACCUAAAAUUAUGUAUCACAAGGGAUGUGAAGCAAAGAAACCAGCCUAUAAAAGAUAAGACAAUGAUAAUCAGAAGUGCAAAUAUUUGCUUGUAUUGUUUAAAGGAAUUGUAAUUUUUUUUGGAAGCAAAUCAGUUUAAGUUGCAUUGUAAAGGAUUCCUGAGUUCACACUGUAAAAUGUCCAAAAAAUGAAUUUGGACACACAAAUUUCACACAAUGUUAAGUAACACAGUGUUUAAAUAAAGUUGAAAUUACACUAAUAGGAUGUGUGAAUAAUUUCUAAUAUAAAACUUAUUCUCAAUGAAUGGAUAAAGUAUCAGCUGAGAAAUAAGAAAGGUUUAUGGGAAUCACAAUUUAGUUUAAAAAGCAUUAAUUUUAAAGAGUAUCAGGUUUUGGAAAACAAUGCUCCCUACUUCCUUCUGCAGUGAUACCUGAAGGGACACCAAGAUAAUUUGUCGUAAAUAAGAGAAACUAUAGACUCUAUCUAAAUAAAACUCACAUCAUGGUUUCAUAAACCAAGGCUUUAAAGAAAUAUGCUGACUCUAUAGAUUUGAAUGUAGUUUCGGAAUUUAAGUUGCCUUUAAAUUGUAAUUUUUAACAUGGCAGCAUGUAAAAUUGAUUUCAUAGGAGGAAAUCUCAUAAAAUAUGUUUAACUUUACUUGAAUGCAGUUUAGUAUUUGGCCAGAGUACAUGCUUCUAGAAUUCUGGUUCCCACACUAAAAGGUUAUGCUACAGUAUCUUAGCAUAACUAAGCCUAUGCUAUGGAUGAACAUAUCAAUAUAUUUUCUUAAAUGGAACUGAACAUUUUUCAUGCUUAAAACGGCAGAGCCUUCAUUAUUCUGGGUCAGCAACAGACAAUAGACUAGGAAGCCUUGAAUCAGAUUCUGUUUCUACAUCUUCACUCUCAAGAGUGAUUCUAGCUAGAUCUGCUUAUAGAAUAUGCUGCAGAAUAAACAGAUAAAAUGGAGAUGUUGUGUUAAUGUGCUCGAUAAGGACUCAAAUUAUCCAGCUAAUCCCUGGUAAUACAAACUGUUACUUGAAAUAGUUCAAAUUGCUUUUAACUCCCUAGCAGUCCUUUGCUUUAAAAGAUAAUUAAGCUUUCAGUCUUGAUAAAUGGGAAAAGAUAAAGGCGUGAACAGGUGUAGAUGAAGCCAGAUAUUUUGCAUCCAGUCCAGUAGUGGGUUUCAAUUUAGUUUGCUACCAGUUUGCUCAUGUGUGCGCAACACUUCUGCCCAUGCACAGAAGCAUAGACUUCCGCCUCUGCCACCACUGGUUUGCCCGAUCAGGAGUGAACCGGUAGCAACCCACCACUGAUCCAGUCAUCUAAAGCAGAUUUGUCAAACCCGUGGCCCAGAUGCAUCAUGAGCUGGCCUUGCCCACACUUGAUUUAGCAAAGGGGAAAUAGUUGUGAUAAGUCACGUGAUGACGCCGUGACCCAUGAGUUUGACACCUCUAAUCUAGGGAACCUGCAUGCUACAGUUUUGUUGACAAAGUGCUGAUGCAACAAAAAUAUUUUUAUUUGCUCUACAUCACAGCUGUUUCAGAUUUUUAUCCAAAAUUUUAGUUCUUUUGUUGCUUUUCAAUUAAGUAAAAAGUAAUACAGAUGAAUAAGCAGUUCCUUUAUUGGCCAGAACAAAUAUGCCACGAUUAAUACACUAUCCUUCCAAUAUUGUUUUUCUAUCUAAAAAU